AGGAGGGCGGCGCAGAACGAGGCGGCAACGGCCGUGAGCGGCGGAGGGAAGCGGGGCCCGACCCCGGAGCGGGGCCGGAGCCAUGGCCCAACCGGGGCCCGAAGAGCCGCUGCCGAGCCUGAAGGCGGAGACGCAGCCCCCCGAGAAGCGGCGCAGAACCAUAGAGGACUUCAAUAAGUUCUGCAGCUUCGUGCUGGCCUAUGCGGGAUACAUCCCGGCGGCCGCUGAGGACCCCUCCUGGGCCUCCUCCGGCCCCAGCUCCCCUCACCCGGACGCGGGCGGUACCACCGGCGCCGCGGGGGGGGGGGACGCCUGGAGCUCGGCCCCCACCGCCCUCCGAACCAUCGAGACCUUCGUCCGCAAAGCCAAAUCCUCCAAGAAACGCGGCUUUAACCGGCUGAACGCUCCGGACGCGGCUCUCUUGGACAAAAUGCGCCUUAAAGACUCAUUGUUCGACCUCGGGCCCCCCCCGCAGCCCAGCGCCAUUAGAGUGGUCCCACCUCCGCCUCCUCCUCCGCCGCCAUCUUUGACGGCGUCCCCACGGCGCAGGGAGAGACCAAAGCGGAGGGGGGGCGGGGGGGGCCGGCCCGAAGCCAGGCCCAGGAUUAAGAAGAGCAAGAAGCGGCGCUGGAAGAAAGCGGGGGGAGGGGAACGGGAAGGGGGGGGCAAAGCGUCCCCCAGUGACACGGACUCGGACGAGGAACCGGGGACCCCCCCCGGGGCUCGGGCUCCAACGGCGCUGCCCCCCCCCGCGGCGCCGCAAGUGGGAGCGUCCGAGGGGGCGGGGACGGACGGGGGAGGGGGGGGCAAAGAUGGCGGCGGAGGAGGAGGAGGCAGCACCGAGACCAGCCGGGACGGGGACGGCAGCUCCAGUGAGGGGGAGAUGAGGGUCAUGGAUGAGGACAUCAUGGUGGAGUCCGGUGACGACUCCUGGGACCUCAUCACCUGCUACUGCCAGAAGCCGUUUGCAGGUCGGCCCAUGAUCGAGUGCAGCCAAUGUGGGACCUGGAUCCACCUCUCGUGCGCGCGCGUCAAGAAGAACAACGUCCCUGACGUCUUCUACUGCCAGAAGUGCCGCGAGGGGCCCCCCCGGCGCGCCCCCCCCGCGCCCCCCAGGCCCUCGGGGGACUCCUAAACCCCCCCCCCCGCCUGCCUGACAUGGACUCGUCCGCGCAGUGUGGGUAUGGAGGGGGAAACCAUU